GGUUCGACCUGAUGGAAUACUUCAAAGUGGGAAACAUACUGGGAUCAAGGAUUGAUGAGGGCCAGAGCUCCUAUGUUCGACUUGGGACCAUGCCUAUUGUACAACAGACAGAGUGAGUGAACUAUUCUGUAUUUGCUGUGACAAAUAUCAUGCAAUAUCGCGCAGGCCACAAGGCAAUGGCAGUCAUGGCACAGGUGUAAUAUUUGGCCGUGUGCAUAGACUGGUUGGUUGUUUAGCAACAAAACCAACGUGUGCGCAACUAUGGGGCAAAACAGACUGGGAAUUGGCUUAGAUUGUUGACAACAUGUAAACUAUAUUUAAUAUCCAAAUAUUUAUUGAAAACAUAAUCACAUUUGCACAAUGAGCACUUGUUGUCUCUCAAAUACAUUGUUACAGUUGUUGGUUAGCUAGCUAGUGAAUUUUUGCCAUAUUAGCACAGACAUGACAUUAGUCAAAACACCUCAAAACAGGUAUCAAUAACAAGAUACAACGAGCCUCCUAUGAUUCCCCACAUAGCAGCUUCUUGUCAUUGUUGCUAGAGAUCUGACCAUUCAGAAUCAUAACACCACAAUGCCUUCUGCCCCAUCGAUGCGCACAUCAUUUUCAUGACGUUGUCAGCCAACCCGUCUAUACCGAUGAUGAAUCUAAACCCUGGUUCUGGCUAGAGGGAGUACAGCUAGGGCUGUUACGGUGACCGUAUUACUGCCACACAGGCGGUCACUAGACAUGACGGCAGUCAAAUUCCACCUAACCGUUUAGUCACGGUAAUGUAUUUAAGUACGUUGUUGUAGUGGGGACAGUAACAUUAGUAAUCUCUAAAAAUUAUACUUUAAGGAAACAGUUUUUUAUAAAGUGUAUGUAUAUAUAUAUAUAUAUAUAUAUAUAUAUAUUUUAUGUUUAGCUCACAUAAUAUAAUUAAAAAAUAUGUAUUAAGGUGUCUGUAAUAUAAUACAUGUAUAUAAACAAAUGUACACAUUAAUGUAUUUCUAUAGCUUCCAAAAUAUUUUUUAUAACAGUGGAGGCAAGAUGGAGGCACGGUGGCUUCAACACAGCGCCCCCUAUCAGUUAUCUAAUGUAUAUAUAAACCAUUGGUCUAUACAAGCCUUGAAUUACCAGAAUGCGUAAUAGCGCUACAAUUUUGUGCCAGUUCUUAGAUGUUAUUCAAUUGAAGUCAAUGUAUUUUUCUCUUUAGUCUAAGUAUUUUUCUUCCUCAUUAAUUAUAAUGUUAUAAUUUUUUAUGGUAGUUGAAAAGCUAAACGAACAACAACAGUUAGUGAUGAAUAGCUCAGUUGCAAGCCGAUUGAUCAAAUCAAAGUUUAUUGGUCGCGUACACAGUUUAGCAGAUGUUAUAGCGGGUGCAGCGAAAUGCUUGUAUUACUAGCUCCUAACAGUGCAGUAAAAUGUCAAACAAGUUCACAAAUAAUGAAUAAUCCAAAACUAGAAACAAGAAAUCAAGAAUGUCAGAACUAAUCUAAUUAACAACCCAAAUAACACUGUAUCUAAAUCUAUACAUAUACUUUAUAUACCAAACAGAUAUAGUAAGAAUGAUCUGUAGGCCUACAGCAGUAGAUAUACUACAGUGAGCUAUGUCAAUAAUCCAGUGAUAAUACAUGCAUGUAGUGUGGAUGAGGUGAUUGAUUGGCAACCCUCUGUGCUGUUGAUUUGUUCCAGAGACGUGUUCCCUCAAGGUCUGCCAGAUGAAUAUGCCUUUGUGACGACUUUCAAGUUCAGGAAGACCUCGAGACGGGAGGACUGGUACCUCUGGCAGAUCUUUGACAAGUAUGGAAUUCCACAGGUGGGUUAUCAUAGUGGUGUGUGUGUCAACAGACCCCAUGCUGAGUCCAUUUGAUUGCCAAUUGCAGGGCUGGCACACAGACAGAGAUGCAUGACUAUUAUUUUCCUGAUCAUUUAUGACAUUGAAUAUCAUAGAACAUGUUAUAUUUGCCUAUCACAUGCAUAUGAGAAUCCUUUCAUUAUUAACAUAUUCAACUUUAUUCACUUGAUCCUUCCACCGUCGCUCCUACCCAGGUGUCUAUCCGUCUGGACGGUGAGAACAAGGCAGUGGAAUACAACGCAGUGGGGCUGACCAAAGACGCAGUGAGAGCUGUGUUCAAGAACGAGGAGGUGGACAACCUGUUCGACAGGAACUGGCACAAGAUAGCCCUGAGCGUUGAGGCCAAGGCUGUGUCUCUCUACCUGGACUGUAAACUCAUCCAGACCCUGCCCAUCGGGGACAGGGAGGAUAUCGACAUCCACGGGAAGACUGUGAUCGGGAAGAGGCUGUACGACAGCGUGCCAAUUGAUGUGAGUGGCUGGGUGUUACAAAUAUCAGGGUUGAGGUUAAGAGCAGUGGGAAGGUCAGGGUAUUGGAAGUAUGCUACAGCAUGUGGUGGAACAACAUGAUGGAUUAAAGCUACAAUUUGUAACUUUUUGGGCAACCCAACCAAAUUCACAUAGAAAGGUGUGAUAUAGAUAUGUCAUUCUCAUUGAAAGCAAGUUUAAGAAGUAGUAGAUCUGUUCUAUGUGCCCUAUUUCUUUGCUUCCCAAUCUUAAGUUUGUUUUUGCAUCUUUUACUUUCGGUUUUGUACACCAGCUUCAAACAGCUGAAAAUACAAUAUUUCUGGUUAUGGAAAAUAUAUUUCACAGCGAUUUAGAUGGUACAAUGAUUCUCUACACUGUACUUGCUUGUUUUGUCACAUAAACUGAAAUUAGGCGAACUAUUAGAUUUUUAGCAACCAGGAAAUGGCAUCGAGAUUUCUGCAUAGUGCAUCUUUAAGGAAGAACUGUUUAUAUUGUAUUUCUAGACUAGUGUCCAUCUUGUGAUUCUGUGUUCAUUUACUGUACUGUAGUGUACAUUUUGCUUACUUUGUGACUUUCUGUCCCUGCAGUUUGACCUUCAGAGGAUGAUGAUCUACUGUGACUCCAAACACGCUGAGCUGGAGACCUGCUGUGAUCUGCCCACUGGGCCGGUGAGUCAGACAGUCAGACAGACAGGGCACCUGUCUCUGUGGUAGGCCACUCCAGGAGCAUGUCUGCCAUGGUUCUCAUACUCACCUUACAGUGGUGAGCCACCCCAGUGAAUCAGCCAAUCAUCUGUCACUGUGGUGGGCCUGGGCCCCUCUCCUGAGAGACAUUUUUCCCUUUUCUCCUUUUCUCUGUCCUGUCAACUUACCUGGCUCACCUUUCCACGGUAACACUUUUAAAUUCCAGUGCCCCAAGAAGGUGGUGACGGAGGCCCCUCCCAUAGAGAUCCCCACCCCCACCCCUGCAGGGGUGGAGCAGCAGAGAGGACCCCAGGCGGUCAACUGCUCCUGUCCCGCUGGAGAGAGGGUAAGAUGCAUAGGUCAAAAUUCAAUCAUAGGCCAUAGCUCCUCUAUGCCUUACAAUGGAAAUGUGUUUGACGGUUUCCAAAGAUCUGUUUAUUUAAUGUUUUACUCAUAUGCAAAAGAGGUCUCAUUUUCAAUGUGACUACCUGAUGAAAUAAUGGAUCAAUAAAUGUUCCUUCCCCACAGGGAGAGAUCGGUGUACCUGGCGUUGCCGGUCCCAAGGGUGUA